UGGUUGCGUUUGGAAACGCGCCGCCGCUGCCUGCUGUCGCUCGCCGUGCUGCUAUGCCGCUCAAGUUCCUAGUGUUCCUGUCCCUAUGCGCGCUGUCGCCGCUAGCUAUAUCAGAUUACGUAUCGCCCAUCAUUAGUAGUCCGGGCCUCUAUUUCGAUAAGCUCUUAGAUGUUAAGUUUACUAAUAAUGAUUGGAAAGUCUUAGCAUAUUUAGAUAUAAGUCAUGUUCAACCGAAUCUAGAUAAGGUAGAAUUUUUAUUAGAAAAAUUAAGCGUAUUUUGUAAUUCUCUUACGUCGUCGAAAAUACAGUCGGAUUGCAUAAAUUCUCUUACGGCGCUGAAAAAUCAGCACCUUAUUAAUGUUAAUAAGUUUUCUUCGGUUUCAUAUUUGCUUCAAAAUGAUAACGCAAAACAGCGUUUUAAAAGAGGUCUUAUUGACUUAGGAGGUUCUAUCUUGAAAACUAUCUUCGGUACAUUGGAUGCCGAAGAUGCUGUCAAAUAUUCAGAGGCUAUAAAUAGUGUCCAGACAGACGAGAAACAUCUCGCUCAUCUUAUGAAAGAUAAUAUUCAUGUCAUACAAUCCACUAUUUCAUCGUUUAAUAAUUCUAUAUCAAAAGUUAAUUUAAAUGAAAAACAUCUUUUGGAAAAUAUGGAAACAAUACAUACAAUAUUAGAUUCAGUUUCAAAUACUAAUGAUAAGCUUACUUUAAAAACUCAAAUUAACUCUUUAUCCAACUCUUUGGAAGCUAUAAUCUUAACGUCGUCAUUCGAUAUCGACGACAUAAAUAAUGCUAUUUUAUUUGCAAAACUUAACAUUUUACACCCGACUGUACUCAGUCCCUAUCAGUUAUAUAACGAAUUAGAUAAACAUAGAAAUAAACUCCCUAGCCAUUAUGAUUUGCCUAUACCAUUAACGCUACAAAAUAUUCAGGAAUUAACCGAUAUUUCUAAAUUAGUUUGCUAUUAUCAUCAAAAUAAAAUAAUAUUCGUCCUUCACAUUCCUUUAGUCCUACCUCAAACCUAUAAUCUUUAUAAUAUAAUACCAUUACCCGUCCCAUACGAUAUAUUGAAACCAGACACCUAUAUUCUAAUAGAGCCGACUAGCUCAUAUGUAGCAGUAACAGGUGAUCGCAUGUUCUAUUCACUAUUAAGGGACAUUGACAAGUGCAAAUUAAUAAGUGAAAAGUGUUUUGUGUGUGUGCUCGCCGACUUGUUCUCAGUCGUUGCCAAUCCUACGUGUGAAACAACGUUAUUAACUGAAGUGGUUACUAAACUCCCAGACUCUUGUGUAGCUAAAAUUGUUCAUGGUUCUAUAGAUGUAUUUCAUAAGCUUAGUUUUAACCGUUGGAUCUUUGUACAAUCAGAACCAGGGAAAUCUCAUAUUACCUGCGAAAAGUCUGACGUAAAUUUAGAUGUAAUUUUAUUUGGUACUGGCAUCCUGACCUUACCUAAACAUUGUAAAGCAUUUUAUAAGACUUUGCAGUUCACCGCAGUUGAUGAAACAUCACUCGGCAACGUAACAAAUGUAAUCUCCAAUUUCAACAUUUUAUUAGACGAUUGUUGUGAACAAACUAAAAUUAAUAAAACUUUCUCUAAACUUCCACAUUCUAAUUUAAAGAACAUUGGUAAUCUUGAUUCUUUACUUCAUGCCAGCAUCCAUCUUCGUUCGAUGGAAGAUGAGUUGUAUAAUUUAGAAAAUCCAUCUCACUUUGAUACAUAUGGAAAUUAUUACAUGUCUUUAAGUUUAUUUAGUAGCAUAUUAUUCAUAUUUUAUCUCUUAUAUAAAUGUCGCAAAAAUAUUACUUCUCAGAAAAAUCCUUGUUGUAUUCAAAUCUUUAAUCAGUGUCAUAAUUCAAAGACUCGCACUGAUCAUCCAACAUCUCUUGUAGUAUUUAAAGAUAAUAAUAGUGUAAAGAAUGAUUCUAUGUUGGAAGAAACAAAUUUUGUAAGCACACCGACUCCUUUGAAAAGAAAUGUUGUUAUAACUAAUGUUGUAAAGGAUCAUGAAAUGUAA